CUUGUCUUCUCCUGCAGCCUCCUGAUGAAGAGGAAACUCUUCCUCUACAACUUCAAGAACCUGCGCUGGGCCAAGGGCCGGCGUGAAACCUACCUCUGCUAUGUUGUAAAGCGCCGUGACAGCGCUACAUCGUGCUCCCUGGACUUCGGAUACCUGCGCAAUAAGAUGGGCUGUCACGUGGAGGUGCUCUUCCUGCGCUACAUCUCAGCCUGGGACCUGGACCCGGGCCGCUGCUACCGUAUCACCUGGUUCACCUCCUGGAGCCCCUGCUACGACUGCGCCCGGCACGUGGCCGACUUUCUGCGCGCCUACCCCAACCUGACCCUCCGCAUCUUCACCGCCCGCCUCUACUUCUGUGAGGACCGCAAGGCAGAGCCGGAGGGGCUGAGGCGCCUGCACAGGGCCGGGGCCCAAAUUGCCAUCAUGACCUUCAAAGAUUACUUCUACUGCUGGAACACGUUUGUGGAGAACAGGGAAAAGACAUUCAAAGCCUGGGAAGGGCUGCAUGAAAACGCUGUCCAUCUGUCCAGGAAACUUCGACGGAUCCUCCUGCCGCUGUACGAAGUAGAUGAUUUACGAGAUGCCUUUAAAACUCUGGGACUUUGA